UAUUGGCAGGGCAAAACAUGAAUUUGUAAUAGUUUCCGGUUUUAAUUAAAUGGUUUGAUUUUGCCGAAUUGAAUUGUUGAAUUCGAUGUGAAUGUAUCUUCUAACUUGUGUUGCUGCUUGUCAAACUAAUUAUAGUGGAAGCCAAUAAUCUCAUCUCCUACUAUUCAAAUACUUCAGAGGGACAGCAGGCGCGGGAGAGAGCGAAGGAUUGAAAGCUCCACAGAAAGAAAGCAUGAACACAGAGAAGCGAGCCGGCUCAAACUGAACAGAAGAGAAAAAAGCUAGCUGGAUCGCGAGAGAGCUCGGUCUCCAAUUUUGUCUGUCGCGUCCGGAAUUUUUUUAUUAACUUUUGAGAGCAAACGCGCUGCUUCUUCACAAACGAGAGAAUGUGAAAGUCCUUUGGAAGAGCUUUGACGAAGACGAGAACUCUUCACAAUUUCUUCAAGAUCGUUCCUAAAACAUUUCCCACAACUUUUAAUAAUUCACGGACUUUGUUUUAUUUAUGUGCAUAUCAUCACACCGCUGCCUGGAUAUCUGUGCAUUGAAAUGGUGCAAUGCCCCGAGGAAUAUUCCCACGCGUUAACCUUUGGUGGAUUUUGGUGACUGUUGCGCUCCUGGUGAAGGUGUCUGGUGUUAAAGCCCACAGCUGUCAUGAAGUUAAAACUGCUUUUCAGAUGCGCCAGAUUGGCCCGUUGAAAUGGGUACCUGAAACACCUGGAACAGAUGCCGACCUGCAGAUCUGCAAACACAAGGGCCCCACCUGCUGCACACGCAAGAUGGAGGAGAGCUACCAGGUGGCGGUGCGGAGAGAAACGCUACAGAAUAUCCGCUCAUACAGCUUCGAGCUCAAGUACCUCAUCGUGGGCCACGCCUCCUCUUUCCAGGACACUUUUCAGUCUCUGGUGUCCUUCACCAUGAACCACACGAGCGCCCUGUUCGACAGCGCCUACGAGGCCUUGGCCCAGGACGCCAGUGGCCACGUGACCGAGCUCUUCACCGACCUGUCGCUCUUCAUCCACGGUGCCAACACCUCGGUGGAGUCCGCCGUGCAGCGUUUCUACGACAACCUCUUCCCCCUGGUGUACAAUCGGCUGGUGAACCCGGGCAUGGCCGCGCUGUCGGCCGAGCGCAGUGAGUGCCUGCGCAUGAUCCGGCAGGACGUCAACCCCUUCGGGCCGCACCCGCGGGCACUGGCGCAGGAGCUGGCCCGCUCACUGCGGGCAGGCCGGGCGCUGAGCCGGGCGCUGGCGGUGGGCGCCGAGGUGAUGAACGCCACCGAGUACGCGGCGCUGACGCGGGAGUGCGGCCGGGCGCUGGUGCGCAUGCAGUACUGCUCGCACUGCCGCGGGCUGACUCUCAUCAAGCCCUGCGUGGGGUACUGCCUCAACGUCAUGCGCGGCUGCCUGGCGGGGCUCUCCGAGCUGGACCAGCCCUGGAAGCGCUACGUCUCCAUCCUGGAGGAGCUCACCAACUCGCUGGCGGGGGCGCACGACCUGGAGCUGGCCCUCCUGGGCAUCCGCAACCAGAUCAACGAUGCCAUCCUCUACACACAGCUGCACGGCCCACGGCUGUCCGCCAUUGUGGACAAAGUGUGUGGGCAGCUCACAGAGGUGGCACCAGCGACAAGUGCGAGUCCGUCCACUCAGACGGCGACCCCCACGACCCCCACCACAGCCACGCCCCAGCCCUCGGCUCAGGUCCAGCACGGCCAGCUGGCACACAUGAGGCGAUCCCUACCUCUGAAACCUUCCAAGAGCGAUAAACCUAGAAGUCUGAAAAAGAUAUCUAGGGAGUUCAUGAGCUACAUCCAGCGCUACAAGUCCUUCUUUGCAGCCCUGCCGGAGAUGCUGUGCGAGGGAGAGAUGGUGGUGGAUGACUUCUCCUGCUGGAGCGGGGAGGACGUGGUUCCGAGUUAUUCUGGCCGCGUGGUGGGAAACGGCCUGCAAGCCCAGAAACUGAACCCGGAGAUGAAGGUACGAAGUCCUGACCCCAUCCUGGCAGAGGUGAAAGAGAGGCUGGUGCGCUUCAAUGAGGAGAUGCAGGGAAAGACCCCCCGGGAGAGGAACAGGGGGGCGUGGGUAGAGACAGGCAGUGGGACGGAGGAGGGCAGCACAGACUGCGACGACGAGGACGGCUGCCAGGGCUCCGGGGAGGACACCGACGUGCACAGAGAGAGGAUCGGCGACUCCAACGAGGGGGUCUCCCUGGGGCAGGAGCCGGGGGUGCAGAUCCCCGGGCGGGCCCCCCCGGUCCGUGCGCAGCCUGACGUGGGCAGCAAGACGUCCGGCUGUGCCCAUGCAUCCGGCCCGGCGCUGCCCGCCAUCUUCCUCGUGGGCCUGCUGGCGCUGCGGUGGCCCCUGCACUGAUCCAGAUGCACACGCACCCCCCCCUCCGCCCUCACCUCGCAGCUCAGGAUGGGACUG